GAGACUUGGUCUUCUGGCGCCGGGGCGGAAGUCCCACGGGCGCUUGAACGCACUUUCUGAUUAGCUUCUUGGUCCUUCGGCUGCCGCCAUCAUGGUGCGGAAGCUUAAGUUCCAUGAGCAGAAGCUACUGAAGCAGGUGGACUUCUUGAACUGGGAGGUCACUGACCACAACCUGCACGAAUUGCGCGUGCUGCGGCGUUACCGGCUGCAGCGGCGCGAAGACUACACGCGCUACAACCAGCUGAGCCGCGCGGUGCGCGAGCUAGCGCGGCGACUGCGCGACCUGCCAGAGCGUGACCCGUUUCGCGUGCGUGCCUCGGCUGCGCUUCUGGAGAAGCUGUAUGCUCUAGGACUGGUCCCCACGCGCGGCUCGCUGGAGCUCUGCGAUUUCGUCACAGCCUCGUCCUUCUGCCGCCGCCGCCUUCCCACAGUACUUCUCAAACUGCGCAUGGCACAGCAUCUCCAGGCUGCCGUGGCUUUUGUGGAGCAGGGCCACGUGCGUGUCGGCCCAGAUGUGGUUACCGAUCCUGCCUUCCUUGUCACUCGUAGCAUGGAGGACUUUGUCACCUGGGUCGACUCCUCCAAGAUCAAGAGACAUGUUCUGGAAUACAAUGAGGAGCGCGAUGACUUUGAUUUGGAUGCCUAGCGGGUCUUCUCGCCUCGUCUGCCUUUUACAGAUGGGAAAGUUGAGGCCUCAUACUGGAGAUUCUGAGUGCCUUUCCCAAGAGUACAGGUCUUGGGUUCUUCAAAACUUGGCUUCUUAACUGCAGGUCACAGAAGCGGGAGUGGGGAGGGUUGUUCCUGUUUUCCAGGACAUUUUCUUAGUAUUUGGACUACUGACUAUUAAAUGACUGUACCUUGGGAGAUAGUGGGAAGCAGUUUUGUGCUACACUGGGGAUUGUUAGUUCUUUUUGCCUGAAGCACUGUGUAAAAGCUGCAACGUUGCCCCCUCCUCCCUUUCCUUUAUCGUUUUGUACUAGGAAUGUUUGGUUGAAUUUAUUUAACUCCAGUACUUGUUCCUGAUCGUGAUUAAACUUUGUACAUAUGGA